CACUUGGCAACCUUGUGGUGGGCGAUGCUAAAAUGGCGUUGCACACAGCUGAUUGGAGUCCGCUAGGAAAAGAUGUUUAUUACAGGAAGUUUGAGCUUUAUUCUAUGGACUGGCAGGCACAAAACCUUGAGCUGUCAGAUUUCAUCGUUGCUUCAGCUCCAUAUGGAGGACCGAUUGCUCUCAUCAGAGACGACCGUAAGGCCGCCCGGAUAAAGCUAGGCAGUGGAUGCCUAAUACACCUCUUUUCUGCAAGUGGAAAGACACUAGGGAAUAUAAAGCAUGAUACUGGGGCUAUCGUGGCCAUGGGAUGGUCCAACGUGGAAAGCCUUGUGGUCAUACAAAGAGAUGGCACCAUAACAGAGUACACACUUCAAGGGAGAGUGCAGACAACAUUCACUAUGGGGCAGAUUCCUAAAGACACGGGGGUCCUCGAAGCGCGAGUGUUUUCCACAAACAAAAAGACUGGAGUGAUUAUUCUCACGGGGUCCUACAAGUUCUUUCUUGUAGAAAACAUUGCUAGCUACAAAACCUGGCAGCUGGGAGAUGUGCCUGAUUUAGAUGCUCCGCCCAGUAGCUGGACUGCUGUUUUCGAUGACUCUAGUACCAAAGUUGUUGUCGCCAAGGAUGACAAAAUUUAUGUGCUGGACCCAAGGAGUACAACAAGAUGUUCUUUAGAGACACCAAGCUUCACAUAUCCGUUCAAUGCUGUCAUCGAAAUGGCUGUGUCCUUUGACUACAAGAACAUUGCCCUAUUUCUUGACAACGGCCGCCUCUGGGCAGGAUCCAGCGAUCUGAAGACAGUGUACUGCGAGAUUGACACUCGGGCAAAGUCUCGACCCAAACAGCUGUUGUGGUGUGGCCGCCGUGCUGUUGUAGGGCACUGGAACAACCUCGUCUUCGUUGUGGGCAUGGACAGAGACUUCAUCAAUUAUACUUUUGAUACGUCAAUAUACUUGGUUCAGGAACUGGACGGCACUCGUAUCAUUGGGAACAUCAGUCACGAACUGUUACAAAAGGUACCAGAUGUUGUUACAGAUGUGUUCAGAAUUGGCUCAAUAAAGCCUGGCGCUCUCCUUGUUGAGGCUUCUGUGGAAUUCGAGAGAAAGAGCUACAGAGCUGACGAGUACCUGAGGACAAUCAUGGAGAACAACGAACUGGAGCUUGCUGUGCAGCAGUGCAUCGACGCUGCUGCACACGAGUACCAGCCUAAAACGCAGAAGAAGCUGCUGAGGGCAGCCUUCUUUGGAAAAUCAUUUGUGCAGGGCAUGAAUCCAAAUAGCUUUGUGGAAACCUGUCGUCUGCUGCGAGUUCUGAAUGCUGUGAGAGACCACAUGGUGGGAUUGCCUUUGACCUACACGCAGCUCCAGUGCCUAUCGAUCGAUGUCCUGCUAGACCGGUUAGUACUGCGACAGCACUACUAUCUUGCCCUCAAGAUUGCCAAGUACCUCCGCAUUCCGGACCUAGAGGGCACCAGUCGCAUUUUGGCUCACUGGGCCUGCUAUAAGGUAGCUCAACUGCACAUUCCAACGGAUGAAGUAGCUAAAGCCAUUGCAGAAAAGUUGGAUUCCUCGCCAGGAAUCCUUUACUCCGAGAUAGCCAGGAAAGCAGUGGAUUGUGGAAGGCAGGACUUGGCCAUCAAGCUUCUUGACUGCGAGCCAAGGGCAUCCGAGCAGGUGCCCAUUCUCGUGGAACUUGGCCAAGAGGAAAGAGCCCUCGUGAAAGCUAUCGAAAGUGGUGACACAGACUUGGUGUACAUGGUAAUGUUGAAGCUGAAAGAGAUGAAGCCUACACAGCUUGACAUGAUAAUUCGGGCAUAUCCUGUGGCAUGGUCUCUCUAUCUUAAGGUCUGCAAAGAAUGGGACCUGCAAAAAUUGGAAAGUCUUCAUGAUCAAGAAGACAACUUUGCUGGAAUCGCAGAGUGCAAAAUCAUCGAAAGCUACAAAUUGACGCGUCCUGAGCAGCGAAUCGCUUGUCUGCAAGCCGCUGCUGCCAAAUACAAGCAAGGGAGCAAGAAAGGGAGCAAUGACUUCUGUGCUGUGCAAACAGAGGACCAGAUGAGGUUGAUGAGGUACCAGCUUAAACUGGAGGACAAGUUUAACGACAAGUUCCUUGACCUGUCGGUGCACGAGACAAUGCAGCGGCUCAUGGAAAUUGGGGAGAUGAAGUUGGCUGAGGAACUCUGCAAGGACUUCAAGGUGCCCGAGAAAAGGUUCUGGUGGCUUAAAAUAAAAGUGUUAGCAGAGAAGGAGCACUGGGCGGAACUGGAUAAGUUCUCCAAAUCGAAGAAGUCGCCCAUCGGCUACGAGCCUUUUGUUGAUAUUUGCUUGGAGCACAGAAACAAGUUUGAAGCGCAGAAGUACAUGGCAAAAGUGAAGGAGGAGAACAAAGUCAGAUACCUUGUGAAGAUUGGAAAUUUGGAGGAAGCAGCAAAGGUUGCCUUCGAGCAGAAGGACGAGGGUGCCUUGAACUUUAUCCUGUCAAAGUGCACAGCAGCCAACCGUGCAGUCAGUGACAAAAUUGCCACUAUGAAGCAGCAACUGGCUGGCAAGCGAUAGCUUGCCAAUUCUGUAUAAUUUUUGCAUGUUGUAUAUAUCACGUCUGUUAUUAAAA